AUGGAGCGCAAGCUCUCUCAGAAAGCAACCAAGAUUCGCCAGCGCUUGACUUUCAGUCGAAAUAGCCGAACUCGCGCCUCAACCAUGAGUUCAUCCACGGCGUCCAUCAACAUCCCUGGAAGCCGCCCACGUUCAGCCACCACUCCUCUUUCGUCAAACAUCCCCGAGACAUCAUUGGACAACAAGGAUGAUAUUCGGCGCUACAAUUUUGAAGAAGAGCCAGGAUUCUUCCGCCCAGCGUCGCCUUUGAUUGACCGACAAGAAAUCGAAGAAGACCUGGAAGACGAGGUCAAGCAUUCCUGCUCACUCCUCCUCCAAAGUCUUGACCGCGGACUCCCUAUGUGGCCGUGUUUCGAAACAGGAUCCCUGUCCACUCGACAUGGACAUGGUGGCACAGUGGCCCAAGCUUCUUCACUAGAAACACGCACCAAUUUUCAGGGCCGUCGUCUAUCUCCGGCCCGAAUCGUGGAGAAGGAAAUUCCCGCGCGGAAGGCUGAGCAUGAUUCCGGCGUGGCCUUUAGCAAUCAAUCGCCAAGAUAUUAUGGCCGAGCCUAUCAGAACAUCUCACCGGCUUUACAUGUCUCUGCCACUGCUACUGCUACAGUAACGUGCAAUGGCAAUGGCAGGUUCUAUGGAGGCCGACUAUCAAGCUCUCCACACGAAGAAGAGGAAUCCCGAGGCCGCACCCGAGGCCGCAGUUUCGCUACAGAAACAACAUCGCCACAAUCUCCAUCACGAUCACGCUCUCCCUCAUUCUCCCGCUCUCGUUCUUCAAGCCCUGUCCUUUUCCCAUACAGCCCGCCUCAAACAGAUGCACUCUGGGCCCACGAUGAUACACACAACAUGAAGCCUCUGAACCAACCGCUCGCAGAGCGAGACAUCUCCCUCGGCGUAGAAGGCAUGACCUGGCUCCGAGCAAGCCUAGACAUGCAAGCAUGCCGUGACAUCCACUCCUCCCCAACCAACCCACCCCCGACUCAAAAGAACUCCUUAAAUCCAGCCCCAGCCGCACCACGCCGUUUCUACAGUACCCGCCAAGCGCCCACGAAGAAGAAACUCGCCAACUUCUCCGCAUACGAGGUUACCAGUAGCCGAAACUCUAGUAUCUGCGGGAGUAUCUCAGUGCAUAGUUUCUCUUCUUUCGACGAAGAUGGUGAUGGAGAGGAGAAGUCUUAUCACAGCUUUUAUAAGCUUUGUGUUGAUGGAGCGGGUACUACAAACCCUGCGACUGCUAUGCCUCGAAACCAAGAAACGGUUUAUUCGGUUGGAUUGUCGCCGGAUGAUGCUCAGCCAAGGCAUAAGCGUAAGCGGGCGUCGCAUUUGCUGAAGAAGUUGGCUGGGUUGGGGAUGCGGAAGAGGGAACCUUCUAUGGAAGGGAGGAGGAUACAUACAGCUGUUGCUGCUGCUGGCUGA